AUGACUUCAAUGUGUACACGGAUCUUUCUAAUAACCAUGUAUACAACCAUUGUUCGAGUAUGUUCGAGUUGUGCUUCCACGAUAACGUUACAGGCGGAACAUUACUCACAGACAUUGGUGUCACUUGAUACAACUCGAAAUAAAACAGGGCCAUAUAGAUGUUCUUGGCUGAUACGAGCGUCCAACACAAGCCACCUAAUAGAAAUACAGAUGUUAAAUGUCUACCUGUCUCCAGCAUCGUCUUGUCAAAUGGAUAACGUCAUCCUCUCCAAAGGUUUUGCGGAUGAAGAAACCAUUCGUGUGUGGUGCAAAGGCUAUGUAUCACACGGUAUCAUAACGACCAGUAGUAAAUCCGUUUACAUCCGACUCACAACAACUUCCGAUGACGUCACAGGACUUAUAUUUAUGCUGAAGUUUUGGUCUACUAUGAGUCAAACUGUCUCUGGACCAGUACGUCUCGGACCUGCCAAUUAUUUCCUCAUAUCCGUUAGUAUCCUUGUUGGUACUGCUCUCUUAGUUGGGGUCAUGUACCUCUUUUAUAGGGAGUACACUACCAUCAAGGAGAGGAAAGAGCAAACGUUUAAGAAGAAGCUUCGUGUUAGGAGACAGGGAAUUAGUGGAGCUAGUGGUAUAGUUAACACACAGUUCGAAAUGGAGGACACAAGUAGUGAAAAAGAAACGACUUUAUCCUACCUAACAGUCUCGCCAAGUCCAGAUUGUAGUGUGUGA